UUCAUUCAUUCCUUUUUGGAGUCGACAUUUGUGUCGAAAAAAAUUGUUGGCGCUCAUUUGUAUUAUAACCGGCGUUUAACAUUCUUUGUUAAAAAAUUACACAACUUUAUUUUGGUGUAAAUAUUAAAUUUAUUACGUUAGAAAAUGGCGAGUGACAACAUAACUACGGGUGAAGAUGUCGACAUGGCUGAAUGUGACGGAGAAAAAGUUGUUACAAUGAUGGACGUCUUGCAAGAACAGGAAGAUUUUGAAGAAGACGCUAACGCCGUACUAGGUGCUUCAGACGAUAAAAAUUGUACAUAUUCUAAGGGCUAUAUAAAAAGGCAGGCUAUAUAUGCAUGCCUUACUUGCUGCCCUGAAGCCAAAUCGGACCCAACGAAGAGAGCUGGGGUGUGUCUUGCUUGUAGCUUGAUGUGCCAUGAAAACCAUGAACUCAUUGAACUAUACACUAAACGCAAUUUCAGGUGUGAUUGUGGUAAUCCUAAAUUCAAUUCUCAUCCCUGUACUUUUACAGAAGUAAAAACUGACUUAAAUGAAGACAAUUAUUAUAAUCAGAACUUCAGUGGCUUAUACUGUACCUGUCAGAGACCAUAUCCUGACCCUGAGUCAACUGUAGAAGAUUUAAUGAUUCAAUGUAUCAUCUGUGAAGACUGGUUGCAUGCAUCACACCUAGAAUCGACAGUUCCAGCUAAUGAUCAAUACUCAGAAAUGAUUUGUAAAAUCUGUAUGGAAAAGAAUGAUUUCUUACAUGAUUAUAGUGAUUUAGCUGUUAAUACAGAAGGUGUUGAAGUAGACAUAGUAACUGUUAAUGGUAGUUCUAAUUUAAACAAUGGUGAUGAUAAAACAGAAGUUACUGACUCUAACUUAAAUAAAAUCGAUGAUGAGAAGACAGAAGAAAAACUUGAUAGUAGUGUAGUUACUAAAGAUUCGUCCAUACUAUCUAGCACAGAAGGAAAUGAAAAUAAAUCCAUUAAUAAAGACGAAAGUGACAUAGAAAGUAUCAAAGAAAAAUCAAUGGAAACUAACCAAUCAGAACAAGAGCCGCUUACAACUCUGUCUUCGGAAGACACUUCUUCAAGUACAACAGAAGAACGAUGUGAAACAAAUAAUAUUGCUGAUAAUGAAACAAAAGUUGACUCUAUUUUAAAAACUGAUGAUGUUUCAAAAGAUAUAACUGAUGUCACUGCUAUGGCCUGUGAUAAACUAGAAAAUAGUAAUAAUAAGGAAAAUGUUUCUGAAGAGUCUACAGAUAUAAAAAAAUUAAAAGAGCAACAAGAUAGUGAAACAAAUAUCAAUAAAAUAGGAGAAAACAAUACUACAGAUGAUGCAGAAAACACUAAUAAAGAAAAAGAUGCAGAAAAAAUGGAAGAAGAUAGACUUUUAGCUGAUCCUGAAGAUGAAAGUCAGAAAACAGUUUCAAAUAAGAAUAAUGCUAAUGCUAUUGACAAAGAAACAAAAGAACCAAAAUCAAAAAUUGACCCCACACCUGACAUUACAGAAACUUCAAAAACUUGUGAUGAAAAAAUUGAUACAAAUAAAAUUUCUAAUGAAGUCUUAGACCAAAAUGAAAAUAAUUCUAAUAUUAAACCUACUGACCUAAUAGAGAGUGAUAGUUCCAGUGAAAAUAAAAUUGAAUCAGAAAACUUACCUGAAGAAGAUAAAAAUUCUAUGGAGUCAACUACUCACAGUGACAAUAACAAGGAAGUACAAUCUAGCGGCUCAGAAAAAAGAAAGCACACAGAAGAAAGUUCUGAUAAUGUGAAUGCUAAAAAACAAAAAAUCCAUGGUAACCUUUGCAUACGACCAAAAGGAAUUAAAAAGGUGUACAAAGGAGCUACAUUUUGGCCAUCUAACUUUCGACAGAAACUAUGCACAUGUCAAGAAUGUUUAUCAAUGUAUAAUGACUUGUCAAUUUUAUUUUUAACUGACCCUGAAGACACUGUUAGUGCUUAUGAGAACUUGGGCAAACAAAAAAUUAAUGGGGAACCAACUCAGUACGAAAAAGGAUUGCAAGCAUUGUCAUCUUUAGACAGAAUCCAACAAAUAAAUGCUCUGACUGAAUAUAAUAGAAUGAGAGAUAAAUUAUUAGACUUCUUGAAGAGUUUUAAAGACAAAAAAGAAAUUGUAAAGGAAGAAGACAUUAAAGCUUUCUUUGCGGGAAUGAAACCUAAACGGGAAUCGGAUGGUGUUUAUUUUUGCAGAUAAUUUCUCUUUUGACAAAUUUUCUAUUAAUGUAGUAAAUAAGAUUCAGUAUUUUAACUUGAAAAGUUUUAUAAAUAAAUAAUUCUGAAAGA